GCCAAUAAUWACGUACAACAAAUUGCUCACUGUUUCUUAAAUAACCAUCUUAGGUUUAUUAUUUAUUUAACAUACUGCAUUAAUUUUCAAAAUUCUGAUGCCAUUAUAUCAGAAAUAACGCAAAGUUCACAGACAACCAACAUCAUACAUCAAAGACAAAAUGAAUUAGGACAUCGUCUUCCACUUGGAUCUUAUUUGGUAUUGCCAGUACAGCGUAUUUUAAGAUACCAUUUACUACUAAAGAAAUUAGCAGCAUAUACUUCAUGUAACGAAACUGAUCAUUCUUUAGUCGUAAAAGCUCAUGAUAAAAUGGUUCUUUUAGCUAAAAUUAUUAAUGAAACGAAAAAUAAAUACGAAAAAGAAGGCCGUGUUAAGGAUAUACGAUUAAUGAUUCAACAUUUGAAGGAUAAAACAAAUGUCGAUCUAUCUAACAAUUGUUUUGAAUUGCAUGCUGAAGGCGAUUUAAUGAUUGCGGGAACGAAGAAGAAACUUCAUGUGAUUAUAUUGAACAAUAUGUUAUUGAUUGUUAAAGAACAAAAAUGCGGACUGUUGGAAUACAAAGCUCAUAUAUUGAUUAGGAACAUCACUAUUAUUGAACAUGUGAAAGGAAAUCCAUUAGGUUUUCGUUUAGUAUCCAAUGUUGAAUCUAAAAAUUCGUUUACAUUGCAAGCGACCUUUGAGGAAGAAAAGAAAUUUUGGGUUAAAMUGUUAAAUGAUAUUAAAAAAGACAAYUCCGAGCUUUCAAGCAUUGGCUUUGGUGAAUUAAUGGCCAAAUAUUUCUACAUACCUAGAAGUAUUUAACUAAUUAACUCUGAACAAAUCUUACUAAAAGUAUUAUUUAGUUAAUUAUAAAGAGUCAGGUACAUUGGCACAAGUUAUAUUAAAGCAAUAAAUAAAUAAAAGACAUGUUGUUAAAUGUAUAGGUAAAAGUAGAACUYAGAAUUCAAAUUUAAACAAAAUUUACUAACUAUUUUCGAAGAGAUAAAUAUUAUUUACURGCCACCAGAUGAGAGUAUCACCAGAUGAGCCUUAUACAAUGUUUAGAGYUAAAUGAAAUUUAUAUUGUUUAAUAUUAUAAUUUAUAAUUUAUUAUAUGUAUAUGUAAUUAGUAUAUGCCUGU